UUCACUCGUCAGGAAUCGGUUCAGAGACCUUUGUUAUCUAAGGUCUAUGGAUCGGUCUCACAUCUAAUGCGUUAUCUCUCUGACCAUUGGCCGAUUAUAUUUUCUUGCUCGACCUUUGGCUGAAAGGUGACUAUCGGGCUACGGGCUUUAUUAUAGUGGGAGAUGGCGACUAUGUUACGGCAGGGUUGUGCUGUCUUAGAAGCAAUUUCUCGUAAAACUGCCCCUAAGUUCUUGGGUGGCGCUACACCAGUUCUUCAGAAGCAGCAAAAAAGGAAUUUGAAUGUACAUGAACAUAUCAGCUACACUCUCCUCAAAGAUGCAGGGAUACCUGUCCCAAAUUUCGGGUUGGCAAAGAAUAAGAAAGAAGCGGCUGAGAUAGCGAAACAGCUAAACGUGAAGGACAUUGUUUUGAAAGCCCAAGUUCUGGCAGGUGGCAGAGGUAAAGGGUCAUUCAAAGGCGGCCUUAAAGGAGGCGUCAGAAUGGUGUACACACCAGAGGAAGCAGAAGAUAUUGCUGGGAAGAUGAUAGGCGAUUACCUGGUAACGAAACAGACUGGAGAAAAGGGUCGAAUAUGUAAUUCAGUAAUGGUUACCGAACGUAAAUUUCCAAGAAAAGAAUAUUAUUUUGCCAUUAUGAUGGAGCGAGCAUUUUCUGGCCCAGUUUUAAUAGCUUCAUCCCAGGGUGGAGUCAACAUCGAAGAGGUAGCAGCAGAAAAUCCCGAAGCUAUUUUAUAUGAGCCAAUAAGCAUUGUGAAAGGAUUAUCGAAGGAACAAGCUGAAAGAAUAGCAGAGAGUGUUGGUUUGGGGGAUAAGAAAGAAGAAACAGCUGAGAUUUUGCUGCGCCUCUACAAGCUGUUUAUAAGCAAAGAUGCCGUACUGAUUGAAGUAAAUCCUUAUGCUGAAGAUGCCAGUGGUAAUUUUUAUUGCCUGGAUGCAAAAAUGAGGUUUGAUGACAAUGCCGAUUUCAGGCAGAAAGAAUUGUUCGCUCUUAGGGACUGGACACAAGAGGACGAAAAGGAAGUAGAAGCUGCAAAGCAUUCCUUAAACUACAUAGCACUUGAUGGGGAUAUUGGUUGUUUGGUGAAUGGUGCUGGAUUAGCUAUGGCUACAAUGGAUAUCAUUAAACUACAUGGUGGUGAACCAGCAAAUUUUCUAGAUGUUGGAGGGGGUGCAACAUCACAGCAAGUCAAGGAAGCAUUCAAAAUCAUCACUGCAGAUCCAAAGGUUCAUGCCAUCUUGGUCAACAUCUUCGGUGGAAUAAUGAGGUGCGAUGUCAUAGCAGAAGGUAUUAUAGCUGCUGCUAAAGAGCUUAAUCUUCGACUUCCUAUCAUCUGCAGGCUACAGGGUACAAAUGUGGAUGAUGCAAAAGUUCUGAUAGCAGCAUCGGGAUUGAAGAUCUUGGCUUGUGAUAAUUUAGAGGAAGCUGCAAGACUUGCUGUGAAACUGUCCAACAUUGUCAGCCUUGCAAGAUCGGCAAAACUAGAUGUCAAUUUUGAGAUUCCCCUCAAUGGGCUACCGUAUUGUGACAAAUGAAAAAUUGGUUAAGAAGACAGUUUAAUUCACGAAUUCAUUCUUUCAAUAUUGUUGUGAAAGAGACUGUGAUCAAUUUUAUCCUUUUUCCUUCCUUGAAAUAUUUCCUUUGUGAAGACCAUAAUUUGUUAAAUCUGUGUAAUUAUUAUGACUGUUGUGUGAAUGAAUAUUAUUGUUUGAUGCCAUUAACAUAUGUUAAAAAAAUGAAAAUUUUCCCAUGUAAAUGUUGAAUAAAAGACAACAAUUUUGUUACUGUUUAAAAA